UGAAAUUUCCUGGGGACAAAUGGAAGGAAGACGGAUGCGUUAUUUGGAUGGAUUUUUUGACCCGCACUUAACGUCAUGCAUGUAGCUGUGCUUCUAGCCUGCAUUUUGUAGAGCCCAACUCUUUAAGCCAGUGUGCUUCCAGUAGGUGGAGGUUUCACUCCUCCUUGCCUCCCUUUCCCCCCUGCCACCGAGAGCCCCAAAGUUCCCUAUGCUAACCCUGCUGAGCAUGUUUUACUAUAUCUGUCUGCGGCGGCGCUCCAGGAGUGGGACACGUGGCGAGGUGCUUAACAGUCGGCGUGCCAUGGAAUCCGGCCAGAGAGCAACCCUGCCUGUCUGCUUGGAGGUGGAGCAGUAUGCCAAGGAGGUUGUGGACUUUAGCUCUCACUACGGCAGUGAGAAUAGCAUGUCCUACACCAUGUGGAAUCUGGCAGGGAUGCCCAAUGUCUACCCCAGCUCAGGAGAUUUCACCCAGACUGCAGUGUUCAGAGCAUAUGGGACCUGGUGGGAACAAUGUGCCAGUGCCCCACCACCCUUCCGCCGCACACCUAAAGGCUUCCACAGCCAGGAUUAUAUAGAGCUUGCUUUUGAAGAGCCUGUCUACCCAACAGCAGUAGAGGUGCUGGAGACCUACUAUCCAGGGGCCAUCGUUCAGAUCCUGGCCUGCUCCCUCAACCCCUUCUCCCAGAAUCCUCCCGCUGAUGUCAGGUGGGAGGUGCUGUGGUCAGGGGAGCCCACCAAGGUCUUGACCCCACAGGCGCGCCAGUUCUCCCCUAGUAUCAAGCAGCUCAACUUCCCCACCAACCUGCUCCGUCUAGAGGUCAACAGCUCCCUGCUGGAGUACUACACCGAGCUGGACGCCGUCAUCCUGCGCGGGGUGAAGGAGAGGCCCAUCCUGGCCCUCUAUAAGAUGCCUCUCAUCGACAUCAGUGACCUAAGUGACAGCGAGGAGGAGCUCUCCGAUGUGGGAGGUCCCUUCAGACAGGGAGGGGAGGGCAAGCUGCAAAACACAGGGAAUGGCUACUUUGACAAACUCCCGUAUGAGCUGAUCCAGCUGAUAUUGAGCCACCUGACCCUGCCAGACCUCUGCCGCCUAGCCCAGAGCUGUAAACUGCUGCACCAGCACUGCUGUGACCCACUCCAGUAUACCCAGUUGAGCCUGCAGCCCUAUUGGGCCCGGCUGAGUGACGCUUCCCUGGGGUACCUCCAGAGCCGCUGCACCCUCCUCCAGAGGCUCAACCUGUCCUGGACUGGCAACCGUGGGGCUCUCACUCUGUCCGGCUUCAGCAGCUUCAUGAAGGCAUGUGGUCUCAGCCUGGUGUGUCUAGAGUUGUCAUGCUGCCACUUUCUGUCAGAGGCCUGUCUGGAGGUUGUCUCCCAGACGUGUCCCAGGCUUCAGGAGCUAAACCUGUCCUCCUGCGACCGGCUGCACUCGCAGGCCUUCACACACAUCUCAAAACUAACACAUCUCCGCAGGCUGGUUCUCUACCGUACCAAAAUAGAGCAAACGGCGAUUCUGAGUAUCCUGACCUUCUGUGUGGAGCUGAGGCACCUCAACCUAGGGAGUUGUGUGAGGAUUGAAGACUAUGACGUUGUGGCCAGUAUCCUGGGUGCUCGCUGCCGCUCACUUCGCUCGCUGGACUUGUGGCGCUGCAAAAAUCUCACUGAACGAGGCCUGGCUGAGCUAGCCUCUGGCUGCAGGAUGCUGGAGGAGCUUGACUUGGGUUGGUGUCCCACGCUGCAGAGCAGCUCAGGAUGCUUUCAGCACCUCGCCCGCAACUUGCCGCACCUCCGCAAGCUAUUCCUCACUGCUAACCGCACCGUCUGUGACUCAGACGUGGAGGAGCUGGCUGCCAACUGCCCAUCACUGCAGCACCUUGACAUACUGGGCACACGGAUGGUGAGUGCAGCAUCGCUGAGGAAACUUUUCCAGUCAUGUACCCGGCUUCUCCUUCUGGAUGUGUCCUUCUGCUCCCAGAUAGACACCCGCGUCGUUCAGGAGCUCUCCGCCCUCUUCCCCAAUGUGGCCAUCAAAAAAAGUUUCACCCAGUGACCCUACCUCCGGGCACCUUCCCACUGCACAUGGGGGGAACUCCAAAACAGAUGGGGAGGGGGGGCUGUGAGGUAGCAGACAUUGUCCCCCCUCCCUCAAAGGGAAGACAAUCUAUGAGCCUUUUAGCAGACUGUGGAAAUCAGCUGAACACACAGCUGCCUCAACCUCACUAAGGACCCCCAGUCCUCAGACUACUGAAUAUUUGUUGUCCUUGUUUGGCUUUAAAGUUCGUACAUUUCCUGGACAUUUUAAUCAUCAUAUUUUCAUUGCCAAACAUCAUGAGGGCAGAAAAUAUGUCUUGGAAAUCAACACAAGACAAAGCAACACAAGAAUGGGCAUUUGGGCAGUACUGCCUAUCCAAAAGUGUGUGUCUUACACUGUAUUAAAACGCUGUAAUUUGGCAGAUGCAGACCAAAUUUGAUGGCUGUUGAAAUAAUUCGAGGUCAGGCCUUGGUCAGUGCCUUCUUUGAGUGUGCAGCAGUAACUGGUUGUUUAAUGAUGCAAUGAGAGCCAUUUUUAAGACAUCCAUUAACAUGAAGCCAUUUUUUAUUGAAUCACCAGAAAAUAUUCCUGUAAUGUGGCUACAUAACCUUUUUGAAGAUGAAAACAAAAAUUGUCAGAGCUUUAACCGUCUUUGAACAGCGGGUUGAAGGUUAAAUUGGAAAGGGUCGGGAGGCAACCUCGUGCGUGUCUAACUCAUACACAGAGAUCACACCAACGAAAUGCACUUUCGUUUUUGUUGUAAUCCAGGUGCAGAACUUUUGAAAGGAUCUAGGAGAAUAAACAAUUUGAGUUAAAACUAAUUAGAUAGGUUUAUAUAGAUCACAGUGCUGCAACGUAGUCUUUUUUCAUCAACAAAAUGUUUUGAUCUUCAAAGUUUCACUAGCUACCAAAAAUGGGGCAAAUGAACAUUGAUUUCACUUUAAUUAUGUGUUGACAACUCAGAGGUAAAGAAAACGGAUUGCACCAGUCCUAGGCAAACACACUAAACAUUAGACUAACACAAAGAUCUUGUUUUUUUUUUUUGUUUUUUGAUGGCUUGAACCUUCAGUAGUUGUGGCCAGAACCAACUUGACUGUUUCCAGUCAGCUGUUUGGG